AUGGCGAAAAUUUUAGCCGAUUAUGAGAGCAUCUCAGGUCAGAAAGUAAAUCUGCAGAAAUCUUCUAUUAUUUUUGGGAUGAGGAUUGGUCAUCAGAGGAAACGGGUCAUUCAAGGAAUCCUAGGUAUAGAUAAAGUAGGAGGAGGAGGUAAGUAUUUAGGAUUACCAGAGCAGUUUGGUCGAAGUAAAUCAGAGGCGUUCAAGGGAGUUGUAUCGAGAGUAAAGGAGAAUAUAGGAGGAUGGUACAAUAAAUUCUUGAGUACAGCGGGAAAGGAGGUUCUCAGCAAGUCUAUAGCUCAAUCUAAACCAGUUUGUUCAAUGAGUUGCUUUUUAUUUCCAAAACAGGUUUGUGAGGAAAUCAAUAGUGCUCUUUCCGAAUUCUGGUGGGGAAAAAACGACAAUGUGAUAGAACCCUGA